AUGUCUGUAACCUCUGCUGCGGCUCCUCUGGGCCGCAUCAAGCCGGGACUAGAGAGUGCAAAGCUAAGAUCGCUUUUCAUCCGUGUGCGACCGGCACCAUCGAACUUGGCCGAACGUCGCGCCGUCCUCCGGGCGCUCCAACGAUACGCAGACAUCGAAGUCUUCAAGAAGCUAGCUGAGGACACCUCGUUCGUCUCGAUCGUAUCGUCACAGUCGGCAGCUCAGAGCCUAGUCAACCGAAGCCCUAUGAAGUAUGAGUUCGUCACCUCCAGGUCCGACUCAAUCCAGCCAUGGGGUGCGCCGGGGAUCACUUCGCCAGUCGAACCAAUUCUGGCCUCCACGCCAUCACCAAACAACACCUCCAAGCAUACGACGGAUCACCUCUCCCAGAAGUCGUUCGAGAUGCACAUCUUCCCCAGCCCGGGAUACAAACACAAGACAACGAUUAGGUAUGCGCCUGUGCACGGACCUUGGCCGGAGGAAGACAGGAAAGAGAGGGACUCUUUCGUGUACAAUGCCCUCCGGGCCGUGGUGCCCAAGGGCAUAGCUGCUGAGGCUCUGUGCGACUGGGAAACGGGCGGGCAGCUCUCGGACGAGGCCCGGGUGCUACGAGCGCAGAGUGACGCGCCGGCGGAAGCUCAUGUCCUCGAGAGACAGAGGCGUAGGAAGCUACGGCAGAAUUCGGGGCUCAAUGCCAGCAACGGGUCGACCGAUGUAGCUGAGAAGAGAUCAUCAUCACCCUCAGCCACGGAGACCUCCGAACCUUCUUAG